GCUCAGCUGACUUUGUGUCUGUUAUUAUGUCCUCCAUCCAUCCGCCAACACCCAGCCUCCAUCAGCUCGUCUAAUGACAGCGUGCGGCGCAGAAACAUGAGUCAGCUGUGAGCUCUGCAGGAUGUCUUUUAAGAAGGACACACCCCUGGCUAAUGCUGUGUUUUGGGCAGCGAGGAAGGGGAACCUGGCUCUCCUGCAGCUCCUGCUGAACAGUGGCCGAGUGGACGCAGACUGCAGAGACAGUUAUGGGACCACAGCGCUGAUGGUGGCGUCCUACAGCGGCCAUUAUGACUGCGUCAAAGAACUGAUUAUGCAAGGAGCCGACAUCAACUACCAGAGAGAGACAGGCUCCACCGCCCUCUUUUUCGCCUCUCAGCAGGGACACCAGGACAUCAUCAAGCUCCUGUUUGAGUUUGGCGCCUCCACGGAGUGUCAGACGAAGGAUGGCGGCACAGCUCUCACCGUCGCCUCUCAGUACGGACACCCAAAGGUGGUGGAAACCCUGCUGAAGAAUGGAGCCAACGUUCACGACCAGCUCAAUGAUGGUGCCACCCCUCUGUUUCUCGCUGCCCAGGAGGGUCAUGUGACAGUGAUUCGUCAGCUGAUAGCGGCCGGGGCGAAGGUCAACCAGGCCAGAGAUGACGGUACUGCCCCCUUGUGGAUGGCGGCUCAGAUGGGUCACAAUGAGGUGGUGAAGGUGCUUCUGCUACGUGGAGCAGAUCGAGACGCUGACAGACAAGAUGGAUCCACAGCGUUAUUCAAAGCAGCUUUAAAGGGACACAGCAGCGUCAUGGAGGAGCUCCUCAAGUUUUCUCCUUCACUUGGCCUUCUAAAGAAUGGAUCCACUGCCCUUCAUGCUGCCGUUAUGGGAGGAAACCUGCGAAGUGUUCUGCUUCUGCUGGGUGCAAAUGCAGACCCAAUGCUACCAAACAAGAAUAAUGAACUCCCUGCAGAUCUAACGAAAAGCGACCGCAUCCUUAAACUUUUACAUCCCAAAAUGAUCAACGGGGGCAGUUGAUGACCGCUGUGGUGUCCUGCCUUUAUGCCUGCCUGUAAGACACUGACGAGGGAAAAUAAAACGCCAACUCUACAACAUGUACUGUACAAGGUGCCUGCUUUUGGUUCAAAUAAAUCUGUAAAAUGUCAAAUAAACUGAGUAAAUCUAGAGCCACACAAUGUGAAAUAAACAUCUCUUCUCCUGUGCUUCGUCUUCUCGACCCUCUACAGUAAAUGCCUUUAU